CGUGAUAUCAAGUUUUGACAUCAAAGGUAUCAAUGGUUCGUGGCAUCCGUGCUGUCUGAGUUUCUUUGCACAGUCUACCAGACGAAGAAUAAACAAUUAACAGUAUGCUUAACUCAGCUUACAUAAAUGAAGAACUCCGUAAUUAAUGAACAGCCGUGGCAUUAUCGUUUUCUGAAGUGUUCUGGCUCUUGUUAUUAUUGCAAUCGCCAGAACAACUUAACCUCUAACGAAAUAUGUUUCCGCCGAAAGAUUUAGGAAAAACAGAUUAUAUCAGUAUAAAUAUCCAAGAAAGUGCAUCAUUUGCACGAGGAACAUCACGUAGUCUUUGGAGGCAAUGGAAUCAAUUAUCAAGGUUUCAGAGAAAUAUCCUUUACUUUUUAGUCAUUACAAUAAUAUUAGUCAUAUUUUAUCUCCUACCUGGUGAUAAUAAGAAUGGAGUGGUAGAUGAGAAUGACUACAAUAAUAUAGAGGUAGUGCAAGAUACUCUUAAAUAUGAAAAGGCAGCAGAAGAUAUCGUAGUUGAUAGUGUAAAUCAGGAACAUAAAGGGGGUGGAGAGGUCAUUGAAGAACCUGAAUUCCAACCAGAAAUAAACCAAGUGGACGAUGACCAAAUUGGAGAGCCACCACAACCUAAACCAAACACACUUAAAUUUAAUGGCCCACAGAAUGGUAGACAAAAGGCUGUAGUUGAAGCAUUUAAACAUUCAUGGAAUGGAUACAAAGAGUAUGCAUGGGGUCAUGAUAAUGUAAAACCAAUAUCAAGAAAAUAUUUUGAAUGGUUUGGUUUAGGUCUUACUAUAGUUGAUUCUCUGGAUACUAUGUACAUAAUGGGUUUAAAUAAUGAAUUUUUAGAAGCUAAAACAUGGGUUGAUAAAAAUUUAGUGUUCACUUUAAAUAGAGACGUUAAUUUAUUUGAAGUUACAAUUAGGGUAUUAGGAGGUCUAUUAUCAGCAUAUCAUCUUUCAGGUGACAAGAUUUUCUUGAAUAAAGCCACAUCGUUAGGGGAACGUAUGAUGCCAGCGUUUUCUACGACAUCUGGGGUUCCCUAUUCCGACGUAAAUCUUGGUACUAAAACUGCACAUGGUCCUAAGUGGGGUCCCGAUAGUAGCACUAGCGAAGUCACAUCGAUUCAACUAGAAUUUCGCGAUUUAAGCCGUAGUACGGGAGACCCUAAAUAUGAGGAAGCAGUAGCAAAAGUUUCGGAACACGUACACCAAUUAGAAAAAUACGAUGGUUUAGUACCCAUUUUUAUUAAUGCUAAUACCGGACAAUUUAGAGAACACGCAACAAUUACGCUUGGUGCACGUGGCGAUAGUUAUUACGAGUAUUUGUUGAAACAGUGGCUUCAAACUGGAAAGACUAUUAAUUACCUUCGGGAUGACUAUCUGUUAGGUGUUGCUGGAACUCAAAAACAUCUAGUAAAACGUACAGCAAUUAAUAAGUAUCUUUUCAUAGCGGAGCUAGUUGGUGCAAACAAAGAAAUAACGCCAAAAAUGGACCAUCUUACGUGCUACUUAGGCGGUACUUUAGCUUUAGGGGUACAUCACGGUUUACCAUCAGAUCAUAUGGAUUUUGCUAAUGAACUUGUUAAGACUUGCUACAAAACGUACGCUAUUCAGCCCACGUUUCUUGCACCAGAAAUUACGUAUUUCAAUAUUGAGAAUACGGACGAGGAGAAAUCGAUGGACAUGUAUGUAAAGAUAAACGACGCGCAUAAUUUACUCAGACCAGAGUUCAUUGAAAGCCUCUUUUACAUGUGGUACUUUACUGGCAAUAAGACAUUCCAAGACUGGGGAUGGCAAAUAUUUCAAGCUUUUGAGACUUAUACUAAAGUGGAAAAAGGGUACACCAGCAUUGGUAAUGUGAAGGGCAUUUCUAAUACCCGACAGAAGGAUAUGACAGAAAGUUUUUGGUUCGCUGAAACUUUAAAAUACUUAUACUUGUUGUUCGACGAUACAAGGCAAUUAAUAGAUCUGGAUAGAUGGGUAUUUAAUUCCGAAGGACAUCCAUUACCCGUAUAUGAAUCAUAAUCCAAUAUCACAGAAAUUUCAUGUAUAAAUUUGCACCGUUAGAGGAGUCUUAAAUACAUUUGAGGCCAGUGAAUAGAUACCCUAAUGAUAUACACAUGUCAAUACAUACCCUAAUAACAUAAGAAAUUAGUCGGAUUAAUGUACUUUAAAAUAGACCUUCACAUUAGAGAAAUGAUCUUUUAACGAUAGUUUUCGAUCGUUACAUUU